CUAUUGCAUGCUGUUUCUCUUUUUUCUCCGAUUGCAUCAGACUGGCGCACGAUACGUGUUGGAGAUAAUUCUUCGAUAGUAAUGAAUGACGACGAAACAGAAACGAUUGCGUUGGCAAUUAAGACUCUCGAGAAAGGUGUCAGUCGGAUAUUGAAGCGCCGUGGUGAAACUUUCAACGACAACUCCCGCCAUCGCAUUCAGAUGCUGAUAGAGCACGCAAGGCAUGUACUGCUUGAACUUUUCAAGAAGCGUCGGAGUCUGAAAGCUUUUCUUCGUUGGUUCCACAAGGAAUGGGUCCGAAUCGAGAUCGAUCUUGCAAAACACCCAGUACAGAUUUUGCAGCAUUCAAUGCAGCAUUUUCUACGGUGCCAAGACGCUUUCAUAUUGCUCACUAGUGGAGAGUGCAGACAUGAAUACGAUAUGAAACUCGCGAAAAAAACAAAGUUUCGUUCUAGAUUGUCAACGCUACAAGAGCGAGACGAUGGCUACACUGCCCUAUACAAGGGCACCGGAGUUUAUUCAGGUUAUGGUUUUGAUGAGUUCAACAACGAGAUCGUUGGUAUUCGGGCUCUGCUCGUGAAAGAGCUGAAGAAAUAUCACAAAGCUCCUUGGGAUUACCUGGAGCGACAAGGGGGGACGGAGCUUCUAGAAAACCUGCUUGAUCAGCACGAGCGCGAACAGAAAGAACUACAACAUGCGCUGCAAUCAUUGAAACGACUAAUGAUCGAGAAUAUGACAAAAAGGCUGAAGCCGAAAAAUUUAAAGUUUGCCACGCAAGACAAGUUGGAGCGACUGAGUCUAUCUACAAAGGGCCAAACGAUAGACUUGGAACGAAGGGGAGAUGCGUUCCAAAUAGACGGUCCUUUGCUUCCCAAUGAGAACAAAAAUCCAGAUGAUUGGCAUUCUUUUUCACUCGAGAUUAAAGAGGAAAUGGAUCAAUCAUCUAUCCCUCCUUCCAAAAUUCAAAAGCGAAGGAGGGUCAUUAUAGACAGUGACGAUGGCAGUGACAACGACGAUGAAAGAGAGGACGCGCCUAAAAAGAAAGGCAAGAGACAGAACAAUAAAACAUCUCAAGCAUCCGGUUUGGUGGUCCGAGUUGACUCCUCUCGAACCAAUGCAGAAAAAGAAGAUUCUUUAGCUGCAAUCAAGUCUCAAGUAGGUAUCAGCACACAGGACUUGGAGCAAGCACGAGAAAUUUUGGAAGAAGAGAAUGCAAGCACAAAGAAAGUUUUCGAGGAUGAGAAGGUUUUGCGCUUAGAAAAGAUUCUGAGGCGAGUUCUAGCACGAGAUGAGAUAGACGAAAAUGAAGUUUGGGACGCACGUGAAUGUCUACGGUAUGCUUGUAUGGAAGCAGGAAACAAAUAUUUGUGGGACUCAAGUGUUGGAUGCGUUGAAAAAGCGAUUGAGAACUUUGAAAAAGCUAAAGAGAUUGUGGAGUUGCAGCAAAAGUCACAACAAAAGGUGACCAGUAGUGAGGCAUCGCUUUUUGUACAAUUAAAUCUGUUUUAUCUUCAUGGACAGGCUCUUGUCAAUAUCGGCAUCUCCUUGGUAGAUACCUCCCACCAUAGGUUAAGCAUUCCAAGGGUUAAGGUAAUGCGGGCAAUAGAAGAGUUUGAAGGAGCGAAGAAACAAAUGGCAAAGUUACGGAGUUUAGCAGGACAUACUAGUCAGUCAACUUCGAGGGCAAGUGUUAAGGAAGCAAACUCCUACAUUCUCAAGUCAAAACAAUUAGAAUCACUAGCUUGUCGUUGGAUGGGACGGGGAUUAUGGUUAAUAUCAGAAGAAAUGAAAGCAGUCACGUCAUUUGAGGAGGCAUCGCAAUUUUUAAACGAUGACAUACUGCGGAAGUGGCAACGAGACGUAUACUUUGAAAUUGAUGUUUUCGAUAUAACAGCCGAAGCUAUUUAUGCAACUUGUGAUUUGGCUGAUCGCUGUUACUCGAUGAUGGAAGCGCUGGAUCACAAAUCGCCAUCAUCGCGGAAAAAGGGGCAUGAUUUGUUGGAGAUCAUCACUCGUGCUCUAAAUCGUCAUAUUGGAAUAAUCGAAUCAAUCGAGCUAUGUUCUUCUCCAGUUCGGACAAAACAUUUUCGCGAUGAAUAUGAUAUUUCAUCGAUCGAGGACGUGUUGUUAUACCGCAAGAACGUCAUGAAGUGGUGGAAAGAACAAUGUGAAAAUGAAAUGAACGAUGUGAAGCCUAACCAAAAUUGCAACAGUCGUCUCCCAGAAUCGAGAUCAGAUAGCUCUUCGUUGAAGACGAAGAAGAUACUGACAUCUGACGGCAGUAGGAGGAAACGUUACGAAAAACGUCGGAAAGCAUCUUCACACAUGCAUGGCAACAGAUCAAAUAAUUCACAAGAUUUUGGACAAGAGAACGAUGCCGUGUACGCUCUUUCCGGGCAUUAUCAACCACGCCCACCAGUCAAGUUUCGGAGAUGGGGAGAUGAAUAUCUUAUUGCCCAGCAGCAACUUGCGAAAAGUGAAUGUGAUGACCCACAUGAAGAAACCAAUUCAUCCUUCUUAACUUAUCCGUCUAUUGCUCCGCCAAAGCCGGUCGAAUUUCAAGUUUAGGCAAAAGCUGGAACCGGACAAGAAAAAAUUCAUCUGAUGUCCAUCAAUUAUGACAUCCAUGGUCCACUUAUACACUUGGAC